AUGAAAGUGAUGCCAAUUACCUUACGCCUGAACACUGAAGAUAUUUCUAAAAACUCUGACUCAAGCAGCACAGAAGAUUGCUUAUGGUCUUACGGCUCACCCAAGGAAACAAUCCGUUAUGAUAUUGAUCCAAAUGUAUAUUCUUAUAAAGAAAACCCUAAAAAGAGACUAAAUAAAUUAAAAACCAAACACUUCAGAUGCGAAUAUGACGGUAUUUUAGUAUACGAUUCAAAGGCGAGAUUUGCAGAUGAGCCAAUAGUCCACAAAAAAACAGAUAGUUCUUUUAAAUCAAAUACUGGUUUUAUUCACGAUGGCCACCUCCCACUGACUUCAAAGUUAAAGAAAGAGCUUAAGUCAGCGCCCCUUUUUGAUAAAGAAGCUUAUUUGAACUUGAAAUAUUAUACUCCAGAACCUACAUGGGAUUGUGACUACACACUCGAAGUCCCAGCUGAUUCUUUUCUCAGAUUUAAUAGUAAGUUUGAAAGUGGGAAUUUAAGGAAAGCAAUUCGGCUCGCAGAAAAUGAAUAUAAUCUUAUAUUAGAGAGUGACUCGGAGAGAAUUAGUUCGCAAUGGUACUAUUUUAGUGUGAAGAACAAGAAGCCUGUAACGGUGAAGUUUAAUAUCAUUAACUUACUCCCCUUUAGUAAGCAAAAAUGUUUUAAUAUAAAAUUUUUACAAAUAAUAUAAUAAAAAAACAAAUUAAUCCCUUUUCUUAGCCAUUAGAAAAAUUUUGCUCGCUAUCCGGGGAGAAUUAGGAAAAUAUGAAUCCCUGUAUAAUGACGGUAUGCUGCCUUUGACGAAAAGUAAGCUGAACGGAAAUCAAUGAAAAAGAGCAGGUUUUAAUGUUGCUUAUUACCCAAAUCAGCAUCAAAUUUAUGAAGGAUCUAAAACUGCAGAAAACACUGAUGGAAAAUAUUACACGCUGACCUUUUGCUAUACGUUUGAAAAGCCUGGAGAUUAAGAUUAGAUUACGCUGGGUAUUUAAGGUCCCUACUACGUCGAGGUCGCAUGCCACGGUUUCCCGUGUGGUGGCAGAGCGUUCACCAAGCCCGGGCCGAAACCCCCGGUUUCUCGGUAGAGGUAUUGUCAAGGGCCGUCUCAUACCGGCUUUGCUGACCACCUCCAUUUCCAACUUGGAUCGUCGCCUAAGUUUACGCCAACUCCGCUUCGUCGUCCGCCAGAUCUGCCCAUUGAAGGGCACCUUUUCAACUGGAGAGACCCCCGUUUUGGUGUCUAACUCGCCUCCCCUCUUUUCCGGUCAUCCCGAGAAAGAACUCAAUAGCUUUCGCCAUUCGGGGCGAGCCACUAGAGCAGCUUAGGCAGGUAAUUCACACCCUGCCUCAUUUCGGGCACUCACUGGGCUGAGCGCUGCUGGCAAAAAGAAGUCACGAAUAACUGCCCAUGGGUCUGGUCGCAAAAACAGCGGCUCUCGCGCUUAGGCCUCUCGCUUCGAGGUCCCAGACGUUGUUGGGCUAAUUCCUGGCUCCAAAAACCAUGCCCCGAUAUACAUGGGUAACCACCACUGAGAGAGGGUGGGUCGGUCGCCAUACGCCAUUUUAUGUAUAUGAAAAGCCUGGAGAUAAGGUCUAUUUUUGCUAUUCACAACCUUAUUCUUAUCAAGAUCUUACAAAUUAUUUGGAUAAAGUUAAAGAAAGUAGCCCAAAUAUUGCAAGAGUUGACAGUUUGUGCUCAACAAUAGCUGGAAAUGCAUGCUAUAUGGUAACAAUAACUGAAAAUAUAGAAUCUUAUAUACCUUUCACAGAAGAAAUGUACAGUUGGGAUAUUAGUGAUGAAGCAAGAAGGCUUAUAAAACGAAGGAGAAGUAGAGUUGACAAGCCAUCUCAGCUAUCAACUCCACUCAAAUCUGAGCAUAAACACAAAAAAGGGAUCGUCAUUACCAGCAGAGUUCAUUCAGGAGAAACAGUUUCUUCUUAUAUGAUGAAAGGGUUUCUUGAUUUUUUACUAGGAGAUUCGAAAGAAGCCAGCAUAUUAAGAAGCCAUUAUGUCUUUAGGCUAGUUCCUAUGCUAAAUCCUGAUGGAGUAAGAUAUGGGAAAACUCGGUCUUCACUGCUUGGAGUAGAUUUAAAUAGAAGAUGGCUUAAUCCAAAUAAAAUACUCCACCCAACUAUUUUUUACACCAAAAAAAUGUUGCAGAGUUUUUCAGAAACUCAUGAAGUUAUGUUAUAUUGUGACUUGCAUGGCCAUUCCACUAAACGAAAUGUUUUCAUGUAUGGCUGCUCUAUAAAAUCUUAUGAAUCUUCCGAUAAAAGAAAAAACUUAUUAGCCAGAAUGGUGCCAAUUUUAAUGGAGAAGAACCAGUUUUUUUCUUAUAAUGACUCUCGAUUCAAAAUGGAAAAAAGCAAAGAAUCCACAGCAAGAAUUGUGGUAUUUAGGCAGUUUAAAAUCAUUAACAGCUACACAAUUGAAGCCUCAUUUUAUGGCCCAGAAACUCUUGAGCCCUUUGAAGACGAUAGAAUAAGCUGCCAUAUGGAGCCUUUUCACUAUGAAUCUCUUGGAGUUGAGCUCGCCAAAGUCUGCUUAAAUUUUGUGUCCAUAAAAAUUUUUGUAAAAAAUUUGGUUUAUAUCUCGACAUUUCUUAAAGAAAUUGAGACCCAAAAAUCAGAUUUUUCCAAGCACAUUGUAACGAAGUUUUUCAACCCUGAAGCUAAACAAGCACCUAGUAGCAUUGAAUACCCAACUAUAGAGGAUUCAGAUUUUCAAAGCGACGAGACUUUUCAAGAACAAAUUUUUGAUCAAGAAGACUUGUGGAACCAAAUUCUGUCUGAAGAUAUUUGUGAUGAUGGCAUGGACAGUGAUAGUGAUAGUGUUGAGAGCUCACAAAGCGCUGCUGAAGAAUUUGAAGUGGAAAUUGUUGUAAAAAAGCCGAAAAUCAAAAAGAAAGAGAAAAUUAAAAUUUUAGAAAAUUCUUUGAGGACAAAGCCAAAAAAAGAACAAGUUACACUUUUGUCUAAAAGAAGAAUUCCAAGGCCGCCUAUUAAAUCUUCACAAGUUGAGAAAAAUAGCAACCCAGGGACUGUUGUUAAUGGGUAUGUAGUAAAAUUUAAUUUUGAUGAACAGUCAAGCAGAAGCCAUUCUUCAGAGAACAUUUUUAAAGAAAAUUUGAGGAAACCAGGAAGACUUGCAGCUAUGAGCGUUAUUAGAAAUGCAUCUCCUAUCCAAACUGAGCAUUUGCAAGGGACAGGACUGAUGCAUUUGUUGAGAAAGCAACAAGUUAAAACUCCAGAGCUGACCUUGGCACCACCUGAAAUUGAAAUAAAGCACAGAGCAUAUGAGUCAAACAGUCAAUCAUUUCGGAGAACUGUAUAUUCCAAAUCUCCUGUUUGCAUUACAGAUAUAUGUAAAAAAUAA